AUGGCGCAGCAGCAGGCCGUCUACGCUACAGACGAGUAUGGUCGUCCUUUCAUCAUUCUCCGGGAGCAGGCCAAGAAGACACGGAGUCAUGGUGUAGAGGCCAUUAAGGCGCUCUCCAACAUUAUUCGAACAUCUCUGGGACCCAGAGGGUUGGAUAAAAUUCUGAUAUCACCAGAUGGUGAUAUUACCGUGACCAACGAUGGUGCAACGAUUUUGAGCCAGAUGGAGGUUGAGCAUCCAAUAGCGAAGCUCCUGGUGCAGUUGUCCAAGAGUCAGGAUGAUGAGAUCGGUGAUGGGACAACCGGUGUAGUUGUCCUUGCUGGAGCGUUGUUGGAGCAGAGCGAAGCCCUCCUUGAUCGCGGAAUCCACCCUAUUCGAAUCGCCGACGGAUUCGACAAGGCGUGCAAUGUCGCGGUUGAGCAGCUUGAUCGCAUCGCGGACAAGAUCGAGUACUCCAAAGAAAAUACGGAGAACUUGUUGAAAACCGCUAUGACCAGUCUCGGCAGUAAAAUCGUGUCAAUGGAGCACCGCCAAUUCGCUCAGAUUGCUGUUGAUGCUGUCAUGGCCGUUGCAGACCUCGAACGCAAAGACGUCCCCUUCGACAUGAUUAAGGUUGACGGCAAAGUGGGCGGCUCGCUCGCUGACACUACUCUGAUCAGGGGAGUUCUGGUCGACAAGGACAUGUCUCAUCCACAGAUGCCUUCCACUGUCCGUGACGCGAAACUCGCCAUCCUAACCUGUCCGUUCGAGCCUCCACGGCCGAAAACAAAACAUAAGCUGGAUAUCACUAGCGUGGAGGAAUACAGGAAGUUGCGGGAGUAUGAAAAGGAGAAAUUCAAUGACAUGAUCAAGCGGGUCAAAGAUACCGGUGCCAACCUAGUGAUUUGCCAGUGGGGCUUCGACGAUGAAGCCAAUCAUCUCUUAAUGCAAAACGAUCUGCCUGCGGUGCGAUGGGUGGGAGGACCGGAGAUUGAGCUUAUCGCAAUUGCUACGAGCGGCCGUAUUGUACCCCGCUUUGAAGACCUCACGCCGGAGAAACUGGGCCAUGCUGGGGUCGUGCGGGAGGUCACUUUUGGUACAACGCGGGAUAAGAUGCUUGUCAUUGAAGAAUGUGCCAACACUCGUGCGGUGACAAUCUUCGUGCGGGGAUCGAAUAAAAUGAUUGUAGACGAGGCGAAACGCGCACUGCACGAUGCUAUCUGCGUCGUGCGGAAUCUUGUCGUAGACAACCGGGUGGUUUAUGGUGGUGGAGCGGCUGAUAUCAGCUGUUCGAUCGCAGUCUCGAAGGCUGCAGAUGAGAUUCCCACUAUCGAGCAGUACGCGAUGAGGGCUUUCGCAUCUGCACUGGAUUCUGUGCCACUUGCGUUGGCUGAGAACAGCGGUCUUUCGCCCAUCGAGACGCUAACGUCUGUCAGGAGCCGGCAAGUGAACGAGGGCAACCCGUGCCUAGGUAUUGACUGUGUGGGCAAGGGCGAGAACGAUAUGAAGCAGCAGUUUGUUUACGAUCCCCUGAUUUCCAAGCGACAACAGUACCUGUUGGCUACUCAGCUUGUCCGUGCUGUCCUAAAAAUUGACGAUGUGAUUACUGCUGGCCAAGACGAAGAGUAA